UCGAAGUCCAAGCAAUUUCGUAGGAGAAAGAAGCGUAAGCACUUUAUUGUGCAAUAUUAUUUAUCAGUUUCUGUUUAAUGUAACGUAGUCCCGAAUCAGUUUUAAUAAUUUCACUUGUAAUAUUUUUUAAUGGUUACAAUUUCGUGAAAUUCUGAUUACGUUUAGUAAUUUUUUUGGAGCAGAAGCAAGAAGUGCGAACAUUGAGCGUUGAAGAAGACGCCAGGUGCCAUUGUGUCGAGGUGUAAACACAUGAUAAUUUAUCAUGUACAGCAGCAAUAUUGAUCCGUGGGAGCCGGGCUAUGGUCCCCCAGACAGACGGGGGGGUGGUGGUCACACAUCCGACUACGGGGACUAUCGUAAUGAUUACGGCAAUCGGUCCCCCGAUUACGUAGAUCACCGUGAAUCCGAGCACCGAGAGCGGGAUCACCGAAGUCCAGAUUAUCGAAGCCAUCGGAGUCGGGACCGAGAACGGGAACGGGAGCGUUCCCGCGACCGACGCGAGAGAAGCCGAGAGGAGCGAGGAGAGCGCAGCAGUUAUCGAGACCGUGAGGAGCGCGAGAGAUACCGAACGAGAGAUCGUGACUCACUCGAGAGAGAUCGUGAUCGUGAUCGUGAUCGUGAUCGCGACCGAGAUCGGGAGCGUUCCCGCAGAGACAGAGAUAGGGAGCGUGAACGGGAGCGUGAUCGGCGUGGAAAGCGGGAGGAGAGGGAUCAGCAGCAUCUGCCGCAGCAGCAUCAGCAUCAUCAGCAGCGUGAUCGUGAGCGUGAGCGUGAUCGUGAGGACGAUCACAGUCGUGAGAGUGCCGACUAUGAGCAUGAGCAUCGUGUCUAUGGCUCGUCGUUGGAAGGGGUUCACUACAAAUCGCAAUCGCCCAACAACACCAUAAUGAUUCGUGGGCUCGCCCAGCAUAUUACCGAGAAUGACGUGCGGCAAGACAUCCUCAACUGUGGUCUCAUGCCCAAGGACAUCAGGCUCAUACGGAAGAAAGACACAGGUGCUUCGCGAGGUUUCGCAUUCGUCGAGUUUAACGCGACUCAGGAGGCCGCACGUUGGAUGGAGAUGAAACAGGGUGUGCUGAUGCUCCAGGACCAAUACCGAGCGCUUAUGCAGUACAGCAUUCCAAAAGAAGGGCAUGUGGAUAAGCCACCAGCUAAGAAUACCCAAGAUUGGCAUUGCGUCAAAUGCGGAGCACACAAUUUCAAGCGUCGCGAGACGUGUUUCAAAUGCUCGGCAUCGCGAGCCGAGAGCGAGGAGGGAGGCGAGGGUAGCGACGAGAUAAGUUCUCAUCCGACCAAUACAGUGUUACUGCGAGGCCUGGACGUCCUGACGACCGAGGACUCGGUGCUCCAGGCAAUGUCGAAUCUCUCGUCGAUGCCAAUUCGCAGCAUUCGAAUUGGCCGGGACUCGCUGACAAAUACCUCGCGGGGCGUCUGCUAUCUGGAGAUGGGGAACGUGGUGGACGCAAUGUAUCUGCACACCGCCCUGACGAAGCAGGGCCUGAUUGUGGACGGGCGAAAUGUUGAGAUUACGUACUGCAAGCUGCACCAGGUGAAUAGUGGUGGUGCUGGUGUUGGUGGUGCUGUUGCGAGUGGCUUGUGGAAGCCGAGUGACGCCCAGAGUCAGAGCUACACCCUGGAGGAUGUGGCGAGACUGGCCGAGUACAGUGCAAAUUUGUACGCGAAGACGCCCGCGCAGAAGGCGCACUUUCUCCAGUAUUACACGCAAUACUAUCAGAAUCAGAUAACCCAGGGCACGGCGAUUACGCUGCCCUCGCUGAAUCAGACGGACCGGGUGAAUGCGGCCGCGGCCGUGGCUCAAUCGGCAAUUCAGCAACUCCAGGCGUCGAGGAAGUUGGGCGAUGCUGAGGAAAUGAAGGCGAGGCCGACGCCAACGGUACCGAGUAGCACGACUCUGGCCAGUGGACGAGUUCCGGCGCAUGCGGGCGAUGGAAAAGUUUACUCUGUUCCUGAUAUCAGCACCUAUCACUAUGAUGAGUCUUCGGGAUAUUAUUACGAUCCAAGCACUGGAUUGUACUACGACCCGAAUUCGCAGUAUUAUUACAACAGUCAUACCCAACAGUUUCUUUACUGGGAUUCUGAUUCGCUCUCUUACGAGCCAGCCAAGACGACACCAACGCAAAUCGGAACAUCACUCCUGCCGUCGUCGGCGGUGAUUGGUGCCGAGCCGACGACAAAUCUGAACUCGUUGGACGCGUCGUCGUACGAGGAUGGGAAGAAGAAGGAGACGAAGCAGGACAAGGUGAAGGUGGCGAAGAAGAUAGCGAAGGAUAUGGAGCGCUGGGCGAAGACGCUCAAUCAGAAGAAGGAGAGUGCAAAGACAAACUGGAGCGCGGAGUACAGCGGCCCCGACGGUCACUAUCACCAGGGCUCGGCAAGUGGAGCUGCCGAUGCUGGCUACGCAAUUUUGGAGAAGAAGAGUCUGCCCUCGGUCUAUCAUGACGAGGAGGAGCAGGCGCGAAACAAUGGACUGGUGGCGGCCUACGGAGGCGGGAGCGACACCGAGGAGGAGAUUGAGGACGUGCAGCAGGAGGAGAAGCAGCACACAGACUGGAGCAAACUCGCCUGUUUGCUCUGCAAGCGGCAAUUUCCGAGCAAGGAGGCGCUUGUGCGUCAUCAGCAGUUGUCGGAUCUGCACAAGCAGAAUCUUGAGAAUUGGUAUCAGGUGCGCGGUCUCGAUCCGAAUGAUCCGCAGCAGAGGAACAACAAGUAUCGGGACCGUGCGAAGGAGAGACGGGCCAAGUAUGGCGAGCCGGAACCGCCGCAGCCGAACAAACUGAAGGAGAAGUAUCUGAAGACGCGAGUGGAGGAGGUGGCGGCGGCGGCGGCUGCCGUUGCCUAUGAGGAACCGACUCGAGCCGGCAUUGGCUCGGACAAUGUGGGCAACAAGCUGCUGCAGAAGAUGGGCUGGAGUGAGGGCAUGGGUCUGGGCAAGUCGAAUCAGGGCCGAACUAGUAUUAUCGAGGCGGAGCGGCGUGUCGCGACGGCCGGUCUUGGCGCCAAAACUUCGUCCUACAAUGCCUUGCCGGGCGACACCUACAAGGACUGUGUCAAGAAGAUGAUGUAUGCGCGUUAUCAGGAGCUCUCGGACACGUAAUGAGGAUUUGGUGUGGUCAUUUUGCCGCCGGGAAAUUUGUUGUUGUUGUUGCUGUUGUUGUUUUUAGUCUGGGGGGGAUGUGAAGAUGAAGAAGUGGAUUAUCUUUUUUUCUUUUCUUUAUAUGAAGGAACUUUAAACUAUUGUUUGGGGAAAAGAGUAUGGAAAAUUACAGAGCUUGAUGAUUUUUUUUUUUUUUUUUUUUUUUUAAGAGAAGGUAUGUACAGUAUUUGAAAGACAUUUGGUGGAUUUUAUUUUGAAACACUGAUAGAUUUUUGCUUUGGAUAAUGAUUUAUAGAAGAGAAAUAGUAAUGGCGAUUGAUUGGAGAGACAAGGGUUGUACAUAGUCUUUGGUCUUUGGAAACUGAUGAUUGGAAAUUGAGAAUGAAGUAGAAGGACAAUUUUGUGUGAAAGGGUAUUUUGUUGUCCUCGAAUUUGAUGAAACUUCUUUUUUGUCCUGUACGUUUUCUCAUUUAGCUGUGAAGAUUAAUUCUAUAUUUAUCUUUAUAAUAAUAAUAAUAAUAAUUGAGCUAGGAAUGAGAUUCGAUGUCGUGUCGAGUAGACAUGAAACAUACUAUUAUGUACUGUAUACAGUAUGAUUUUUUUAUCAUUUUUUUUUUAAAUGUCAUGAGUCUUUGGCACUCGAUAUAGUGUAUACACAUUUCUACAAAUACAAUUGCGAUUCAACGGGGGGAUUUUUUUUUUUUUAUUCAACUUGUCGAAGUCGUGUAUUGAGAGUUGUACAAGAAUCAAGUAAUAAAAUUGGCAAAUUUCAGCAUAU